AUGAGUUCAGACGUAACAGGAGAACAAUAUAUUCGUACUUUGGCACAAUACAUUCGUUCAAAUGCACGGAAGAUAUUUACACCUAAUUCUAAUUCAUCUUUGCCUUCAUCUCAGGUAUUAGUAGGUCAUAGAAGGUCUAAUAGCGAUGGUUCCAAUUUUUCAAUGGCAAAUGUAUGGUCUUUCACUACGGCAUUAACUAGCUCUUACUUGAAACCGACCUCUUUAACAUCAUCAACAGCCCCUUCUUCACCAGAGUUUAAAGCAAGUCAAAAAGCAAUUUUGCUCACCCUUGAUCCUCAACAUUUAUAUUAUUUGUUAACUAAAUUUAGUGAUUUGGGUCUUGAUGUUGGUGCUUUUGAAGUAACAGCUGAUUUCAAGUAUAAUGACGACGACAUUAUUGAUAUCGACUUAAAAGAUGAAACAGCGUCAAUUACGUCAGCGAAUUCUGUCAGUUCAAUAUCAUCCGCUAUGUCCUCUUUGUCGUUGUUCACAGGAUGGACAGGUGAUCUGCCAAUAGGAACUUUGUUGUCCAUGACUUUAUUUAAAUGCUUGACGCAUUUAGAAAUUUAUGGAUUAUGUCCAAAAUUGUUUGAUGGAUGGGAUAUAUUACAAGAGAAAUUGGAACACUUGUCUAUGCAAAAGUGUACAAUUGAUGAUAUUUCAGAAAUAUUCAUUGAUGCUGUGGUUGACGGUCUAAAGAGAAGAAAUAGAAAGGAUGUUAAAACUGACAACAAUGAAGAUAUAAAAAAGGAAUCGGACCAAACGGCCACAAAAUCUGAAAAUUUAGGUGAUAAUUCACCUGAUAAUAUUUUACCACCAAGGAUCUGGCGACAACUGAGGCAACUCAAUCUUUCAGACAAUUCUCUCACCUUUGUUGCCAGUGAACCUUUUUCCUAUAUUAUUAAAUGCGCAUGCUUGGAUUUAUCGGAUAAUUUGUUACUCGCAGUUCCACCUGGUUUAUCACAACUUCCCGACUUGCAAUACCUAAAUCUUAGCAAUAACAUGAUCGAAACAAUAAACAAUAUUCAUCAGGUUCUUAGUAAUGUUACCAAAUUGGACUUGCGUAACAACCGUAUAGAAAAUUUAUGUGGAUUAGAACGAUUAUGGUCUUUAGAAUACGUUGACGUUAGGGAAAAUCGAUUAACAGAUUGGGCAGAAAUUGGACGCAUGUCCGAACUUCAUGGGAUAAAACAGAUAUUCGUGGAAAGCAAUCCAUUCACGAAAUAUCAGGUUUGUUGA